UUUAAAAUUGGAGAAUAACACACACUCUUAGUGUGGUGCAAGUCCUUAUCUGCACUUAACACACGUAGAAAGUUUAAGCAUAUACAGAGCUUAUCGCAUCCUUUUAGAUGUGUAUUUACAAUUGUUUAGGAAUGCAUAUAAAUUACUAAAAGAUCCUGGGCACAAUAUGGCUAAUACAACAACAAAAACAACAACAACAAUCACCACUGCCAUAUUUGUAUUGUCACUUUGCAAUGUGAUUUUAUUCUCAACAACGGACGGAUAUAUCUUUGGAAACGGUCAAGAUGAUGGGAUCUUACGUGACAAGAAAUUUAUACUGGGGUCCGACUCUAAACAAAGUUGGACCACGUUGGAACAAUUCUCUUCGUGUGCUUUAACGUGUGUUCCUGGGUUUGAGAAGCUAACUCAAGUAUGCUGUGACACUGGCCUAGAUGCUAUAUGUUCAAAUCUCCCGUGGGCUUCGCUCAAAGCAAAGUUGGGAACUUGUGUCGAUUUAUCAGCAUCUGGAAUAACAUCAAAGGCAUGGUCAUCACUGGAACAGUUUGCGGCUUGUUUUCUAUCAUGUGUACCUGGGUUUGAGAAGCUGAUGGAGGUAUGCUGUCAGUCUGGUCUGGAUGCAGUAUGUACGAAUCUGCCAUGGGACACGCUGAAGCCAAGUCUGGGACAAUGUCAAGGAUCAUCAGUGACGUCAUCACCAUUAGUGACGUCUCAAGCAAAUACGUCACCACCUACAAAACCGCCUACAACCCAUUCACCCACACCUCACUGGUUACUAUGGGCUGGUUGGACAUGUUCUAUGCAGAAUGGUGAAUGCGUUCAACUUCGAUAUCGACAUUGCUCAACUGGCCGUGAUAUUGAUUGUCCGGGUAAAACAUACGAACUGCAACUCUGCACCAAAGCAGCUUGUCCGGAUAUGUUUACAACGACACCGGCACCGACAACACAGGCAACCACGACACCAUUAAUCACGUGUCAAGAUGACCCGAAUGCUCCAGGAUGUAAGGAUCCCAGCAUUAUUACGGAGAUAUGCAAAGAUAGUCAGAUAGCCUUGAGCGUAUGUCCUAGAUCUUGCGGUCUGUGUGAUCAAGUUCAGGCAACCGCAGUAAAUAAAUACACUUCAGGUAGCAUAAUUUCCAGCGUUCCAACAUCGGCUGUCACAACAGACACGUGCCAGGAUGACGUGGCUUCUGGUGCUUGCGGAGACCCAACUGUCCUUGCGGCUCUUUGUAACGACAACGCUUAUGCGUGGCGGUUCUGUCCAAAAUCUUGUAACAAAUGUGAUACGUGCUGGGAUUAUUUAAACUGUUCGGAUCGGAAUGCCCAGGCAUUGUUUUGUGGAAGAGAGGAUUUUGCUUUGCAAUAUUGUAGAAAAACCUGUGGAAAGUGUAACCAUAAACCAGUGCCUGUUACUGUAAAUGUAUGCGGGGAUCCAGUAGCAAACGAACUGAUAUGCGAGUUACUUCACAAUGAGAUAUGCAUAUGCAACGACCCAUCCGUGAGAUCUUUAUGCGGCAAUUUUUGCGCGGACAGAUGCGCGACAAAGGUCUCUAGCCUACCGGCUUGUAAGCCGGUGUCUUCAAUAUCGAGUAGAAGACGUAGAGACGAGGUGAUACGACAGUUACUUCUGGUCUGAUUGUAUUUGUAUUCCUGUCAUCAAUUAAAACGAAGAACAAUCAAUUCAAAUUAAUUAUUUCUAAUUUGUUACACUAAAGUUAAAGGCAAUAAAUCAAAUAUCUGAG